AUGAGCACCACUUCCCAGAAACACGCAAACUUCGUAGCCGAGCCGAUGGGCGAAAAAGAAGUGACCGAGUGCGCUGGAAUUGGACCCACUUAUGCCAAGAGACUUGAAGAGAAAGGAUACACCAAGGCCUACCAACUGCUGGCUCAGUACCUUCUCUUCACCAAGGACGAAGAGAUGUUUCAAGAAUGGCUCAAGGACGAAAUCUCGAUGAAAGGAAAGCACCUCAAGGACUGCUCCACCUGCAUCUCCGAAUGGUCUCGAGCCUUCAUGUAA